AUGAAUGCUGCCAAUGUGAAGGUGUUCGUGUCGAAUGGCAGCGUUCGGAAGGGAUCGGACGUCGACUCGUACCGCACUCCGCUCGACUUCGCCAGCUGCAGUUCUGGUAUUUCGGAGGAGUAUCCGUUGUUGCCGAAGAACGGAGACGAUGGCUGCACACAAACGGGCAUCUACAUCAAGAAGCCAGAUCCUCGGCAACGAGUGAUGGCCAGAAGGACCUCGCACACGCUGCUGUACGUGCCAGAGCAACGGAGGAUCUCAAACGUUUCUGGUAAUUCGGUGGCCUCUUGUCCUCCGUGCACACAGAAUUGUGAGGAACAUGACACUGUUCCGCCCCCGCCCACGUUCUCCCUUCAUUUGAGUCCGGUUGGUACGAGAAGGAAGUCCGUGCAAACUGGAGCUCCAGCCAUCGGAUUUCGACCCAUAAAGACAUUCGAACGACGUGCCAGUCAGCCAACUCUGCAGUUUGAAGCACAGAAAGCAGCAAUGAACAGCGGAAAUAGCUCCGGCGGAGGAGGGCCUACCGUUCCGAUGUGUACGACACUGCCUUCUAGCACAAUUCCCUUGCCUCCAGACAAAGCGAAGAUGCUCACGAAGAGAGUGUCCUGGCUCUCGAUGAAGUCUCUACAACAAGAAGAAGCCAAAACUCGAAGAUCCAGUGCUUGUGGGUCUCCACGCGGCGGCUCUCCGAGCAGGACACUCUCGCAAUACGGUUCCCAGCCGAUGCUCGCAGAAGACCAUGACUUCGACAGUGACACUCCGCCCCUGGACACUCUGAGUUGGAGCAAUGCGGGAAGUAUGUGUUGAUGAUCUUUUUGUCAUUAGUGUGAAGUGCAUCAAAAUGUCUCUUUUUCUUCUUGGCGCCUAUUGUUUUGAUUGCGCCUGCGCGAGCCGAAAAAAUCUCAUACGCUUUUAUUGGGCAGCCUAGAGGGGGACAAACUAAGUCCCUCACCCGCAGGCUCUCUUCCAACAUAAAAGUUUUGGCGGCGUUUCCCUUUCCUAUCCGGGAAAGAAACCCGUUGAAGAAGACCAAUUUCGGUUGAUUGGAAGGGCCAGAUGAGGCCGUUUCAGAGGAAAAACGACAACGAUUUCGAUUGUUUCAGAUGAGUACGAUAACGUGACCUUGAUGUACGCGAAGCACGAGAAGAUCCCGAUGAAGGACUUCGGCUCCGAGAUCCGCGCCACAAUGGACAUCGAUCACCUGCUGAACAAGGUGAGUGUGCCGCUGACUAAUGUCAUCCGGAAGUUGUUUUUGGACACGGAGUUGGACGGCCACCACUCUCAUAAUCGGUCAUUAGGAGCCAAAGGGCACUCUAUUUUCGGGCUUUGUUUCGUUUUCCGAGCGCUCAUGGUCUCAGCUCCCUCUUAUUUUUGUCAACGAAUCUGCUAUAGAGAACUGAAAAAAAGCGAAGAGACGCCGGAAAAUUGGUUGUUUUUGCAGGCGGUACUUCUUCUCGAUCUUCAGGAGACGAGCCUCGAAGAGAUUUUUGCCAAGUGAGUUCUCUUUCCCUCCCCCCCCCCCCGGAUCCCGUGGGUGUCUUUUUGCUUAGCGCAUGUUUUGUCAUCGGCGGCCAUCAUGAGCAUAAGUCUGAGUUUGAUGGGGAGGGAAGGGUGGAUAUGAAAAUGAAGUUGGUCUUCGGCGGCGCAUAGUUUGUGUUGGUUUUUUGAUGAAUAAUUAAUGGAGAUGGAAAAUGAUCGAGUGGGGGACGAAAAGAGUCUUUCUUCUCGCGACGGGACAAAAUGAGUCUUCGGGUGGACCUGAAAAUUUCCUUGUUUCGUUUUCUUCUUCUUCAUCUUCUUCAUCAUCUUAGUCUUCCGUUUCAAUUCUGAAACAGACAAAAGAAACAAGAAAAGAGGAAGCAGGACAAGAAUUUCAAAUUAUUUUCAUAUGCUCAUUCGGGGAGCUGGCUCGUUUGACUCGGCCCGAAUUGUUGUUGUUUUGGGAAGAAAGGAAGUGUGCGCUUUUCUAGAGAAGAGAUGAUGAUCGUGUCUCGAGCAGGGGGAUUACCAUUCCGAACGAGACCAAAACAAGUAAACGAAUGGGGGAACGGAGAGAUGAAUUUUUUGCAGAAUCAUCCACGAAAUGGACAUCCAAGAGCCGGAGUUCACAAGCGAACAGGUCAGAAGUGUGCUCUUCACGCAGGACGCCGGAAACCAAUGUGAGUUCACCCGACGGUCCGCUGGAAGUAACUUUUUAUCCGUUUCAGUUCACAUUCUCUCCAGGACGGUGCAAUCCAUCUGCACCACUGGCUCCGUCGGCGGAAGUUUCGAUUACGAUCAGACUUGGAUCUGUGCCUUGUGAGUGUCUGCGUCAUUUCCUCUUACUUCUCUUCUUAUUCCAAAGUAAUUUGCAUUCAAUUAAUACCGGAUUCACUUUGCCUUCUUUUUCUUUUCUCUCAAAAGCAAAGAGAAACGGAAGUCGUUGCGGAAACGAGAAGCCGAAAUUGAUGAUUAAGAAGGCCGUCUCGUUUCCUUUUCGGACGGGGCCAAUAGUUUCCCCCCCCCCUUUUUUUUUCUUCGUCUUCUUUUCCGUUUUUUCGGGGGAGGGCUCACCCUGCGAAACUCUUCCCGACGACGCUUAUUUGAUUUUGCAAUGCAUUAGCAAUAAGGAAAGAAUUGGGUAGGAAGUGUGCGGGGAGGAAUGAAUGGAAAGGACGGAUUGAGAAAGAGCAAACGGGUUUCAGAUGCAUGCUCAACACUGUCCAGCAUCGCCACGUGGCAAUCGCCCGUCUAUCACAUCCGACCAACUUGGGGAGAACAAUGCAAGAUCUCAGAUUCAUUAUUAUCGUGAUUGCGCCUAGCAGAGCGGUGAGUACUCCAGAAAGAUGGAGAAAAAGAGAGCACACUAAACGGAGAGACGCAGAAGCUUUCUUUUUGUUGUUCUCUUUUGUCAGCUGUGCCUGAAGGCUUUCAGAAAUUUAAUCAUAAUGAAACAAACAAGGUCAUAAAUCAUGUUAUUUUCAGAAGGGAACAAAGACGGCGUUGGAGACGACGCGGACCUUCGCCACUCUUUUCGCAGACAUGGAAAUCAGGCAGAGAUUGGUGAUGGCGCAGAGUGUCGAACAGUUCAGAUCCACCCUUUUGGGGGCUGCCAAGGAGUUGGCAAUGGAUCAGAACCAGUGGAGGGAACGGAAAAGCUCAAUUCAUCUGAGCCACGCAAAAGAACAGAUUGUAAGAAUCCAUAUCACUUACUUUGAUCACAUUUCUUUUCCAGUUCGGACCUAAUGCAUGGUAUCCAUUCCGAGGGCUGAAGGAAGAAUUCCAACGACGUCUUGCCAUCUACCCUUCAGAUUAUCUGGACGGAAUACAAGGCCACAAAACAGUCCAAAAACUUCUUUCCACCGUCGUUUUCCUCUAUUUUGCAUGCCUUCUGCCUGCAAUUGCAUUCGGUGUACUGAACGAUGACAACACGAAAGGAGCUAUAAGUGAGUAAAGUUUCCGGAGUUUCCACGUUUCAUUCGGAGUGUUCAGAUGUACGGAAAGUGAUCAUUGCGCAAGCGAUAGGCGGUAUCUUCUUCUCACUGUUUGGAGGCCAGCCCAUGAUCGUACUUCUGACGACAGUACCCUUAGCAAUUUACAUAAAAGUGAUAUUCAAGAUUUCGCAAGAACUUGGCUAUGACUUUCUGGCAAUGUACGCUUGCGUCGGCCUCUUUUGUCAAAUGUUUCUCAUACUGUACUCGGCCACGGAGCUGUGCAGUCUGAUGAAAUUCGCGACAAGAUCCGCCGAGGAAAUGUUCUCACUUUUCAUCGCCAUCGCAUUUACGGUCGAAUCCAUACGGGCAAUUCAUAACAGUAAGUGCUGUUUAAAGGAAUUCUCAUUUGAAAGCGUGCGUUUUCAGGCUUCAAAAAGAAUUACAACGAUUGUGACACUUCGGCGAUAUCAAUGAAAGCAGCAAGGACGGCACUGGACGCGUUUCGGAACGGAACGACCAACACAGACAGUAUAGUGGGCAAUAUAACGAGCAGCAUGAGUGUGGGCGACACGGGAAGUCUCUGUCGCAGAGACACUUCCAUCCUCUACAUGCUUCUCAUGUUCGGCACUCUCUGGCUCGGCCUUUUCCUCUACAACUUCCGGAAAACACCGUAUCUGACGAGAUCGCGACGUGAGUGGCUUGCCGAUUACGCCCUUCCCGCUUCUGUUCUCAUCAUGUCGUUCACUGGAUCUUAUGCUUUCUCGGAUAUUGAGAGUGAGUUGUUGAGGAUUUAAAGGGCUCUAACAAUCGUUUUUCUUUCAGAAGACAGAUUCAACCUCCGUUUCGAGUUCCCACUGCUGCAGAUGGCCGACGUCUUCUCCCUCCCGCCGUCCGGCUACUUCGUAUGUCUGCUUCUUGGAUUCUCUUUGUCGUUCCUCUUCUUCAUUGAUCAGAACAUCACCUCGGCCAUUGUAAACAACAACCAAAACAAGUGCGUCAGCUUUUCCAGACCGGAAGGUUGAUUAAAAAAUUUCUUACAGACUGAAAAAGGGCACCUCUCACAACCUUGAUUUGUUUGUCGUCGCCCUACUCAACAUGUUCCUCUCGGUGUUCGGUCUUCCGUGGAUGCACGGCGCGCUCCCCCACUCGCCACUUCAUCUUCGAGCUCUCGCCGACGUCGAAGAGCGGGUUUCUCAAGGACAUGUGCAUGAAGUGUACGUUCAGCUCCAGCGCCAGUGCACAACUUUACUAAAUCAUGUUUCAGAAUCAUGAACGUGCGUGAGACUCGUCUCGCAUCGCUCAUAGCCCAUGUAAUGAUCCUCGUCUCGAUGUUCUUCCUGAUCCCGUAUCCGCUCCAACUCAUCCCCACCUCUGUCCUCCACGGUCUCUUCCUCUACAUGGCUUUGACCUCUCUUUCCGGGAAUGAGAUGUUCGAACGUCUUCUUCUCCUCAUCACUGAACAGGUUUGUCCACUUUCAAAGUUUCAUAUUCCAAGGUGUUUCCUUCUAGCAAGCCUAUCCACCAACCCACUACAUCCGCAAAGUUCCUCAACGGAAAGUUCACUUGUUCACUGCCUGCCAACUCCUUCAGUUGAUCAUUCUGUGCGCAUUCGGUUUCUCACCGUAUCCGUUCAUCGAAAUGGUCUUCCCCAUCGUCUGCUUCUUCUUCCUUCCCAUCAGGUAAACCGGCAAAUCCUUCUCAAAGUAUUCACAAUUGCAACUUUCAGACACACCCUAAUUCCGCGUCUCAUCGACUACAAAUAUCUCGAUGCCCUGGACGGACGGCACUAG